GGUGCAGCCGCACCUGCAACUGCAACAACACACUAGCCGCUGCCACUGCUCUUGAUUCGCUUUGUCAACGGUUGCUUCCUUCGUUAAAUCUCAUCCAAACUUACAAUUAGAGACAAUUGUCUGCAGCACGUGUCUGUCUCAGGUUUAUGUCUUCCAUCAUUCUCUUCAGAUUUCGUCGUUCAUCAUUUGUCAGAUGGCAGAUAAUGUACGUAGACAUGUGUGUCUGCAGACAAUCACUUCUUAGUCUGAACGAGGCUUCAAAAUUAAAACAGAUAUCACUUUAGCCACUUUCUAAUAAACGUGCCUCCUUUAUCUUUGCAAGCAAAUUAAUUCCUUGUGUGUCAAAUGAUGUGAAAAGAAGUAAAUAGUUACAAGUUUUUCUUUGAAAAUUUCUACUAAAACAACAAUUAAAUGAAUGAAUCACGAAAAAUGUUGUUCAUAUUCUGUUUCGAAGUCAGCAACCUGUUACGAAAGAGAACGCUUUGUAUCACUUAAUUCUUGAACGUAUACUUCCUGACAGUUCCCAGGCACAGGAAACAGUUAAACAGAUUGUAAAUGACAAGUACAUAUGUAGGUAUUACAUACAUUGUAUACGUCAACAACAGCGCAAUCCGGCGAAGCCCGAGGGAAGGCGGAACGUUCACAAAGAUGAAGAGUGAAGAGUAUCCGGAAGAGUUAUUGAAUCGACGUCGCCUUGGUAACGAAUCGCUCGUCAACUUUUUUCAAACAAGUCUUCGAAGCAUUGUGGUCAUUGUGGUCGUUGCAUGCUUGCCACGCUUGCUCUGCUCACCGAGGAAAAAAAGACGCGCAGAAGAUUGAUUGAUUGAUUGAUUGAUAGAUUUAUUCUAUCUAUCAAACGAUAUAUUCAUAAAAAUGGUAAACGGAAAUCUAUCGAUGGAAGGUACUGCGAAUCAGAUGUCUCACAAUCUACGGGAGAAGGAAUCAGUUCGCACUUCCGAACGUCGCCAAGCAAUUCCGUAUCUUAUUCUAAAGUAUCUGGACGAACAUGGACUCAAGGAGACUUACAAUAUGCUAAUGUGGGAGGGCGAUCUCGCACAAAGUAUGGUGGUCUGCGAUAAUAUAGACCUGGAAAUAAUUCUUGCGGAAUAUGAUAGUUUUCAACGGAUGAAAUUUGACAAAUAUCCCAAAUUGUGUAAAAAAGUCGUACUGGAUAUAUCCGAAGCCAAGCCGAAAACCAAACCAGUAAAGAAGGCAAUAGUUAAAGCAAAAUAUAUGCAACAAACAACAAAUGACAAUAAUUUAGAGGAAGAUAUUAAACUCGCGAUGACCGUGGUUCCAAUUUUUUCCAACGAAGGCAAAGAUAAUAAAAGACAUUCAAUUACGUAUCCUAAAAAUCGAUUGAAGAUAUUUGAAACUAUUGAAAGACUUUAUCCAGCAGACUCGGAGUUACGGAAAAUUGCAGAGGACAUAUCACAUGAAAUCGUGCUGGAGAAUUUAAAUGUUCGUUGGGAAGACGUCAUAGGCUUAGAAGAUUGUAAAACUGCAAUCAAGCAGGCAAUCGUGUAUCCUUUUAAGUAUCCUGUUUACUUCGCAGGGCCAUUCUCAGCCUGGAAAGGCAUCCUGCUGCAUGGGCCGCCUGGUACAGGAAAAACAUUGUUGGCGAAGGCAGUCGCAACCGAAUGCGACUGUACCUUCUUCAAUAUAACUGCCAGCUCGUUAGUCAGCAAAUGGCGGGGAGAUUCUGAGAAAUAUAUACGCGUUUUGUUCGAUCUCGCAUACAGUCAAUCUCCUACCAUUAUAUUUAUUGACGAGAUCGAUUGGAUAGCAACGAACACAAAUUACUCGCUAUCCGAACCAGCGAAAAGAUUUAGAUCCGAACUUCUUACUAGAUUGGACGGCUUAGUGUCUACUGAAAAUUCGCACGUCGUUCUUCUAGCAGCGACUAAUGCUCCUUGGGACAUUGACGCAGCCUUAUUGAGACGUCUUGAAAAACGUAUAUACGUACCAUUACCCAGUGAGUCUACUCGUCGGAAACUGUUUGACUUAUAUGUUAGCGAGGAAAUCCGCGAAAAUGAUGAAAUGGAUGGCAUAAUUAAGUCCACAGAGUCGUAUUCCUGCGCGGACAUAAAACUAAUUUGUAAACAAGCUUGGAUGUUAGAAUCAAAACCAGUAUGGGAAAAGCUUGACAAAAAAGAGAUAAAUAUAGAAAAUUUGAAAUAUGAGUUAAGAGAUUUUUACAUAUUAGAAGAAGUGGUCGAGGGUACAUCGAGGACCGUUGAUGAUAAUACCAAAACCAAAUAUGAUCAAUGGGCAGGAUAAUGUUUGCAGCCUAAA